ACAAUGUUAUGUCCGCGCAACGCACGGGUCUCAAUCUAGUUAAAUAUGAUUUUAUCAUCUUUUAAAUUGUAGAUAAAGAGGUGCAGUCUGUGAUUCUACCAUUGUUCUCUGCAUACUUUGACCACAAAAUGAAGAACAGAAAUCCCUUUCACAUCUUUAUAUGUCUAACUAAACUUAAGCACGGAAACUUCAUGAGAGAUUGGUCAAUGUUGUGGAAGAGAACAAUGUAGCAAAAGGAUUUAAACAAAUAAAAAAAGAAUUAAUAUAACAAAAAUAGAAUUAAAAGAAACAGAAAAUAUUCAUAUACAUAACUUCUUUCCAGGGCACAUAAAUAUUUAAACAGCAAUUACUAUCUGAUAAUGUAGUUUAGUAAGAACUUAAGAUGAUGACUAAUAAGAGAAUAAUGUAGCAAAAGAGUACCCAAAGAAUACUCUUGGAUGCAACAUGCAUGCUCCAAAAUAGAACAUUUAUUGAGGAGACACCGCAAAAACGUUGAAGACUAAAAAUAUAAUAUAAUUUAAAUAGGGAUUAAUGUUGGAAACGCGCCUUAAUUAAUCCUAAUAAUUAUAGUAGGUUAUUUUGUUACAAAUCCAUAAUGAGGUCUCUGCGUAUCAAUUAUUUACUUUAAAAUAAACUUACUUUGAUUGACAUCAUCAAGCAAAUUUUUACAAUUUGCUAUACUUUUUUUCGGGUCAAAUAGAAUGCACAUAUUUUCUUUUGUUCAAUCAAUAAACGUUUUUUGGUUUUCCAUUGGGCUUACAAAUCAUCGAAGAAAAUUGGGUUCAAUCUUUUGAAUAGUCAAUUCAACUGAAUUAAUUAAUAAACAUCAUAUUUUCAAUGAUUCCCUCAAAAAAAAAAAAAAAAAAAUCAUAUUUUCAACGAUUUUCUACUGCAUGAUACUAUAUAGAAGGAUGUUGAAGUCCACCCAAAGAAAAAUCUAAAAAUCUCCCCUCGUUUAAUCAACCUUUCAACAAACAUCUUUCUCAUAAUAAAUUUACUUUGAUAAUGUCUAAAAUUUUCCAUUCGGCCUAAAAUGCUUUGAUUGACUUGAGGUAAGGUGCAUACAAAGUCUUGGCUCAUGCUUAAGUUCAUUUGUCAUGAAGCCAAUUAAGAACAACUUUGAAAUAUUGCACCCGAAGAAACAACUAGGCAAAUAGACACAUUCUCAUUUGUCAUUUGAUAAUCACACUUGUUUAUCUUUAUUCCACUUUACAAUUCAAUUAACUUCUCUGUCAAUUUGACACACAAAAAAUCCUAGGGAAUUGAGUUUAUAACAAUGCUUCAUUCUGGGUUCAAUUUUCUUCUUUGCGUGGUUGCAAUUUUAUGCAUCAAUUUGUUAUGUGUUGAAAGUUUUUAUCCAAGCAAGUGUGUGGAGACAGAGAGGCAAGCUCUCCUUAAGUUCAAAGAUGCACUUAUUCAUAGUAAGGUCAAUCUUACGUCAUGGAAAGGUGAAGAAUGUUGUAAAUGGGAAGGAAUUUCAUGUCAUAAUUUAACUGGUUAUGUAACCAGUUUGAAUCUCAAACCUUUCGAUUAUACAAAAGCAGUUGGAGGUAAGUUAGAUUAUUCAAUAUGUGAACUUCAACAUCUUAUUUCUUUAAAUCUUGAUAAUAUUGGCUUAGAAGGAAAGAUACCAAAGUGCAUUGGUUCACUUGGUAAGUUGAUAGAGUUAAAGCUUAUGUACAAUAAUUUUUUUGGUGUCAUUCCUCCUAGUUUGGGGAACCUUUCCAAUUUGCAAACUCUUGACCUUUCACAUAAUUAUUUAACUGCAAAUGACCUUGAAUGGCUUUCUCAUCUCUCUGAUUUGAGAUACCUUGAUCUAUCAGAGGUCAAUCUCACACUGGCUAUUGAUUGGUUGUCAUCAAUAAGCAAAAUUCAUACUUUGUCUGAACUUCAUUUAUUUGGUUGUGGGCUCCAUCAAGUCACUCCUAAAUCUAUUUCCUACAUGAACACUUCAAUUUCUCUGAAAUCCCUUGAUCUUGGAGAAAAUAGUUUAAACUCUUCCAUUCUUCCAUGGGUGAGUAAUGUUGGCAAAGUCCUAAUAACUCUAGAUCUCAGUUUUAACCAAUUCAAGGGAUCAAAACCACUAUUUGAGAUAACUAAACUUGCCUCAUUGCAACAUCUAGAUCUCUCCCAUAAUGAGUUGAGUGGGUCAUUUCCACAUACGAUUGGCCAACUUUCUUAUCUUCAAGAAUUGUUUCUCUCAUCAAAUAAGUUUAACAGUGUCAUUAUUGAAACACAUCUAUCAAACUUAUCUCAUUUAAGAAUUUUGGAUGUGGCUCAUAAUUCACUUUCAUUCAACUUAAGUUUAGAUUCGGUUCCUCCUUUCAAACUUUUUGCACUUUAUGCAUCAUCGUGCACAUUGGGUCCAAAAUUUCCAGUAUGGCUCAAGCAUCAUGGGGAACUUCGUGUGCUAGACAUCUCAAGUAGUGGUAUUUCAGAUUCAUUUCCUAAAUGGUUUUGGAACCUCUCUUCAAGUUUGAUAUACUUGAAUGUUUCAUAUAACAAACUUAAUGGACCCUUGCCAAAGUCAAUUCCAAAUAUGAAAUUCAGUAUACUUGAGAAUGUGUGGGAUUUUAGUUUCAACAAUUUGAAUGGUUCACUGCCUCCUUUUCCAAAGUUUUACGCUCUAUUUCUCUCAAGUAAUAUGUUUACAGAGUCCUUAUCUUCUUUUUGUACAUCCUCGUCUCUGGGUUUAACGUAUUUGGAUUUGUCUAGUAACUUGCUAAAGGGUCAACUUUCAAAUUGUUGGAAGAAAUUUGAAAUGCUACAAGUUUUGAAUUUGGCACAAAACCAGUUAUCAGGAAAAAUACCUAGCUUUUUUGGCUCUUUACGACAUCUUGAGUCGCUUCACUUAAAUAACAAUAACUUUUCUGGUGAAAUUCCACCUUUAACACUUUGUAGUAGCUUAACACUAAUUGAUGUCGGAGAUAACAAUCUCCAAGGAAUAUUACCAAUGUGGAUAGGCUCUCAUCUUCAUCGGUUGAUUGUUUUACGUCUACGAGUAAAUAAGUUCCAAGGAAACAUUCCUACAAGUAUGUGUAACUUAUCAUUUCUUCAAGUAUUGGAUCUCUCUGAAAACAAUAUUACAGGGAAAAUACCACAAUGCUUAGGUGACAUAAUUGCUUUAUCUAAUUUGAACUCUCCAAGAAAAAGUUUCCACUAUAUCUCAUACGGAUUUGGCUAUAUGGAUGGCAAAGUGUAUGACGUUGGCUCCUUCAAUGACAAAGAAAUAUUGGCAUUGAAAGGAUCAAACAGAGAAUAUGGAAAAAAUCUUGGAUUGAUGGCAACUAUCGAUCUUUCAAGCAACCACUUAACAGGUGAGAUACCGCAAAGUAUAACAAAGUUGGUGGUAUUAGUUGGUUUAAACCUUUCAAGGAAUAAUCUCACAGGAUUCAUUCCUAGCAACAUUGGUCAUAUGGAAAGUUUAGAAUCAUUGGACUUGUCAAGAAAUCAUCUCUACGGUAAAAUGCCAACAAGCUUUUCAAGUUUGACAUUUCUUGGUUACAUGAACCUGUCAUUCAACAAUUUAGAAGGGAAAAUUCCACUAAGCACUCAACUACAAACUUUUGAUCCAUCUUCAUAUGUGGGGAACAGUCGACUUUGUGGCCCACCACUCAUAAACCUUUUCCCUGACGAUGUAAUUUCUCCAACUAGUAGCAAUGACAAACAUGUCACAAGUGAAGAAGAGGAUAAGCUAAUAACAUUUGGGUUUUAUGUUAGCUUGGUGAUUGGUUUUUUUGUUGGAUUUUGGGGAGUUUGUGGAACUCUUGUGAUAAAAACAUCAUGGAGGCAUGCCUAUUUCAAAUUCUUCAACAACUUGAAUGAUUGGAUCCAUGUCACACUAUCAGUUUUUGUAAAUAGGUUGAAGAAGAGAUUUCAAGUGGAAGAUUAACUGGUAAGCUUCAAUUGAGAGUGAUAUUUGCAAUGUCUUCAUCAAUAAUUGUUGCGUGGUAUUCUUUGGAGUACUCAACACAACCAUUUUUUUCUCUCUUCAGUCAUCUUCAGUUUUGUACCUUAUAUAUUAUAGAGUGCAGGAAGUCAUAUUUUCCAAUGUCUUAUAUCUUAAGUUCUCCCUAAACUACAUUCUUGUGUAUUGUUGUUUAAAUCCUCAUGUACAAGGAAAGGAAAUAUGAAUCUGAAUGUUUUGUUUUUGUUUUUA